ACAUGGGGUAAAUUUCUCUAUAAAAUUCUCCCAUAUUUCAAAAGGGCAAAAUGCCCGUUUCUGCUAAAAACGAGCCCAUGUAUUAAUCAGCCCAAUUCACAAGCCUAGGGCAAAUGAACUAUAUAUACAGUCCAUCCAAUCGCCGGAAGAAGAAAAGGUGCUUGUACAGGGCAGGGCUCUCGACCGUUAAAUCUCUCAAAGAUGAAGGUGAUAGCAGCUUAUUUGUUGGCUGUUUUGGGAGGCAACACCACCCCCUCCGCCGAUGAUGUGAAGGCUAUCCUUGGCUCAGUUGGAGCUGAGGCAGAAGAUGAGAAAAUCGAGUUGCUUUUGUCUCAAGUUAAGGGCAAAGAUAUCACUGAGCUGAUUGCUUCUGGAAGAGAAAAAUUGGCCUCUGUCCCCUCUGGAGGUGGAGCGGUGGCUGUUGCCGCUCCAGCUGGCGGUGCAGGUGGUGCUGCACCUGCUGCUGCUGAUGAGACGAAGAAAGAAGAGAAAGUAGAAGAAAAAGAGGAAUCCGAUGACGAUUUGGGAUUCAGUCUCUUUGAUUGAGAAGCUGCAAGCAAACCUAUUCAACCUUUUAACUGUGAGUCUAGUUGUAGUUGAUUUAUUAUUCGAUGGUUUCGGCCUUAAUUUUAUAGUUUGAACUACGGAGUUUUGUUGUGUGGACAAAUGGUUUCAGACCUUGAUUUUUGAGUUUUUGUUCUCACCAAUUUGUAGUUUUAAGCAAUGUUUUAAAUAGCACCGUAUAGCGAGUUAUGUAGCGCGCAUUAGUGCAAUUUCGCUCAAAAACAUGAUGAAGCGUUUACGAUUUCUCGUUUUGCCUAAAUACUUAUGCAAAAUGCUGGCGUGACAGGU